AUGGAGAGCACGUCAAGUACCCUGAGCAAACCGAAAUCCGAGCAAACGGCUAAAGGAUACGGAUGGUCCCGACCACUGCAGAGAAAAGAGCGGGCUUUCGAGACCGACAACAUGGCACGAUUGACGUCCUUGAUUGAAAGAAGGAUGUUCUUCCGUAUGCAAAGCCGGCGGCCAAUUCUUGCAGUA